AGGGCCCCUCCCCGCCCCUCGGGCCCCGCCGGCACAAACGUCUCCCGGGGGGCCUUGGCUCGGUGGGCCCCCCCCCAGCCCCCCGCCAUGGGCCGCCGAGAGGAGCUGGUGCGGAUCGCCAACAGGCUGGAGAAGAUGGGGGCCGGGGCCAGCGCGGAAGGGGCUCUGGAGCUGCUGAGGGAGCUGAGCAGCUGCACGAUGACCAUCCAGCUGCUGCAGACCACCAGGAUCGGGGUGGCCGUCAAUGCCAUCCGGAAACGCUGCCCGGACCAGCAGGUGGUGGCCCUCGCUAAAGUCCUCAUCAAGAACUGGAAACGGCUCCUGGAUUCCCCAGGGGCCCCGCACCGGGACAAGGAAGCAUCCAGGGAGAAGGAGAAGAAGGAGAAAGGCCAUGCGGCUCCUUCGGGCCACAGACCGGGCGCAGCGACGGCCCUUCCCGCUGGGGAUGGCAAGGGGCACUCCGGGGCCAGCCCCCGGCACAGGAGAGAGUCUGCAGGCUCCUCUUCGCUGUCGACCCCGCCCUGCAGCGCCCCGUCCCCCCGGCGACCCCCGGGGGACAGAGACAACGGCGGCAAAGCCAAGGCGGAGACCCCGCAGAGCCCCUCGCCUCCAACGUCACCCACCUGCCCCAUGCCGUCCCCCUCGCUGGCCUCCGCCGGCUGCCUCCUGGCUCCCCGUUACCUCACGGGCGACUCCGUCAGGGACAAGUGUGUGGAGAUGCUGGCGGCCGUCCUCAAGGUGGACGGUGACUACAAGGAGUUUGGGGUCAACUGUGAGCAGCUGGCAUCAGAGAUUGAAGACCAUAUCUACCAGGAGCUGAAGGGCACGGACAUGAAGUACCGCAACCGCGUGCGCAGCCGCAUCAGCAACCUCCGGGACCCGCGCAACCCGAGCCUGCGGCGCAGCGUGCUCUGCGGGGGCAUCGCCGCCAGCCGCAUUGCCAGGAUGACGGCGGAGGAGAUGGCCAGCGAUGAGCUCAAGGAGCUGCGAAACGCCAUGACCCUGGAGGCCAUCCGCGAGCACCAGAUGGCCAAGACGGGCGGCACCACCACUGACCUCUUCCAGUGCAGCAAGUGCAAGAAGAAGAACUGCACCUACAACCAGGUCCAGACCCGCAGCGCCGAUGAACCCAUGACGACCUUCGUCCUGUGCAACGAGUGUGGGAACCGCUGGAAGUUCUGCUGAUGGGAUCCAGCAGGUGUCCGGCCGGCGGAGGAAACAGAGCCCAGGACACAGAGACCCCCUGAUCUUCCCAGUGGAACGGGGGUGUGGGGAUGGGGGGAUGUGGUGGGGGAUC